AUGGUACUGCUCGCUCGUUCUAUCCAACGCUGCACUCGUCCCUUAUCAGCAAGGGCACUUUCUACAACAUCUUCUUUGAGCACCCGCUCGUUGACGUCGACAAGAGCAGCCGCGGCUUCGCGGCCAGCUCUGACGUCGUCGAGAUGCUCACCCCUGCCCCUCUCUCUCCCUAGUCGCUCACCAUUCGGAGCUCCCGCCUCGAUUCGCAUGCUGACAGGUAAACGUGAAAAGGUCAAGGUUCUGCUAGUUCUAUACGACGGCGGCGAGCACGCCAAGCAGGUCCCCGAACUGCUGGGAACCACUGAGAACGAGCUUGGCAUCCGCAAGUGGCUCGAAGACCAAGGCCACACUCUGGUGACGACUUCGGACAAGGAGGGCGAGAACUCCACUUUCGACAAGGAGUUGGUGGAUGCCGAGAUCAUUAUUACCACACCCUUUCACCCUGGCUACCUUACAGCAGAGCGUCUGGCCAAGGCGAAGAAGCUGAAGCUUGCCAUCACAGCCGGUAUUGGUUCCGACCAUGUCGACCUUGACACGGCCAACAAGACGAAUGGAGGUAUCACAGUGGCCGAGGUGACCGGCUCCAACGUCGUGUCGGUUGCUGAGCACGUCGUCAUGACCAUCCUGGUCCUUGUCCGCAACUUUGUCCCCGCACACGAGCAGAUUGCCGCCGGCGACUGGAAUGUCGCUGCCGCUGCCAAGAACGAGUACGACCUGGAGGGCAAGGUUGUCGGUACCGUUGCCGUUGGCCGCAUCGGUGAGCGUGUCCUGCGCCGUCUCAAGCCCUUCGACUGCAAGGAGCUCCUCUACUACGACUACCAGCCUCUCAAGCCCGAGGUCGAGAAGGAGAUCGGCUGCCGCCGUGUUGACGACCUCGAGGAGAUGCUGGCCCAGUGUGAUGUUGUUACUAUUAACUGCCCGCUACACGAGAAGACCCGCGGUCUGUUCAACAAGGAGCUGAUCUCCAAGAUGAAGAAGGGCUCGUGGCUUGUCAACACCGCCCGUGGUGCCAUUGUCGUCAAGGAGGAUGUUGCCGAGGCCUUGAAGUCUGGCCACCUCCGCGGCUACGGUGGUGAUGUCUGGUUCCCCCAGCCCGCCCCCAAGGACCACCCCCUUCGCUAUGCCCAGAACCCCUUCGGCGGCGGCAACGCCAUGGUCCCCCACAUGUCGGGUACAUCUCUCGACGCCCAGAAGCGCUAUGCUGAGGGUACCAAGUCCAUCCUCCAGAGCUAUCUGUCUGGCAAGCACGACUACAGGCCAGAGGAUUUGAUCAUUAUCGACGGUGACUACGCUACCAAGGCCUACGGACAGCGCACCAAGAAGCAAUAA